UGUAGCCAGUGCUCUGGGAGGUUCUCUGCUGGCCCUUUCCCACUGAGCAGUGUGUGACCCGCGCGUGGCUGUCUCGCUCACCUGAAACCAGUUACCGCCGCCUCUCAAUCCAACAGAAUGGGUCUCGCGGCCAGGUUAGGAAUAAGGACGAGGCAAGCAAGACUACGUCCUCUGCUGCUAGCCUUCGUGAGCUAUCUGGGUCUUGUUACUCUCCUUACUCACGGCCACACACUGCUCCAUCAGCCGUUGACAGCGCCUUCGGAGGAUGUGUCCGAAGCGAUGUCUUCGUCGUCGUCCUCGUCUUCGCGCCACCUCUUGCAGACGGACGUGUGGGGAGGGGAGAACUGCACCCAGCCGGCGAUUGAGCAGUUCCCACGGCCUCUCAUGUCCUCGGCAGCCAGGAGGAGCGGCGGCCUCAUCCUCCACAUCCUCAUCUCAUUCUACAUGUUCCUCGGCAUCGCGAUCGUAUGCGACGAGUACUUCGUGCCUUCGCUCGAGAUGAUCUGCGACUGUUUGCAAAUGAGCGAGGACGUAGCCGGAGCGACCUUCAUGGCAGCGGGAUCUUCGGCUCCGGAGCUGGCCACGUCUGUCAUCGCCGUCUUCGUGGCCAAGGACGACAUCGGCAUCAGUGGCGUCAUCGGGUCAGCCGUAUUUAACAUCAUGUUCGUCAUCUCUGUCUGCGCCCUCUUCGCCGGCCAAGUUAUCGUUAUAAACUGGUGGCCGCUGAUAAGAGACUCAACAUUCUACUGCAUCUCGAUCUGUGGUCUCUUACUCACCAUUUAUAACGAGAAAGUCAACUGGUACGAAUCCGUCUUCCUCCUUCUCCUCUACGUCCUGUACAUCGUCAUGAUGUUCUACAACAAGCGCCUGGAAACCUGGGCGAACACGCUGAACAUCCCCUUCAAGAACGCCACGAGAGAGGAGAAAUCGUCACUGUUCGGAACCAAACCCGUGCCGCCUGUUGGGGAAGACAUGAAGACAGAGGCGGCCAGGAUUCCGAAAACCCAGCUAUGGAUGGACAAGACGAUGUCGACGUGGAGCAGACCGUGCCUCUUUUACAGACAGCAGAAACGUCUUGUAACAAUGAAAGUCCUGGCGAUGGAGGGCCAUGGACCACCGUUAGCGAAGUCCCGAAGGAGGUGGAAGCGACGGAGGUGGAAUCUGCAGGAGUUAAAUCCAUGGCACCGGAAAUGUUUAAGUUUAGUCUCCAUUACAAGGUUCAAGUUUAGUCACCAUUGCACAAUGCAGCUGAGAAACCUAAGUGAGUUUAUAGACUAUGGCGUAACAAAUUUUAAGGUUAUACUGGGCCGUGCACAGGGCUUCACCCUUGGCAUUCCCGACACCGUCAUGGGUCUGACUUUCAUCGCCGUUGGAGUGUCAGUUCCCGAUGCUCUCUCAUCUCUCUGCGUGGCCAAACAAGGUUUUGGUGAUAUGGCUGUGAGCAACGCCAUUGGCAGCAAUGUGUUUGAUAUUCUCCUGUGCUUAGGUCUUCCAUGGUUCCUUAAAACAGCCAUUGUUGAUCCUGGUUCUAUUGUCCCAGUCGAAAGCAGAGGCCUCACUUACUCCACUGUCUCCCUCUUCUCCACUGUCGUGUUCCUUAUUGUUGCAACACACAUGAACGGGUGGAAGCUGGACAAGAAGUAUGGGAUUGUCCUCAUGUUUUGGUACCUCAUCUUUAUGGUGUUUGCCAGCCUUUACGAACUCAAUGUUUUCGGAUACUUCAAUCCCCCAGAGUGUGAGAGCAGUUAUUAAGGGGUUGGAAACGGUAUUAUGUAAUUUACAUACAUUAUUGCAGGUGGAGGAGGAUUUUUUUUCCUGUUCUUUUAUUUUAGUUUUGUUAACCUUGUGGUGAAUACUAAUAACCUCUUA